AUUUGACUUUAAAGCUGAAAAGUGGUCUCUCUUUUCUCGCUCCUUCUCCAUUUCGCGAGUCCCGCCCCCAUUUCUGUCUGAUACGACGAUCCUGUAAUCGAUAAUUUGGGUCCAGAGUAACUUCUUGAAAUGGCAGAGAAAAAUGGCUUUACCCCUCGUCGGGGUGGAUUCCGAGGACGAAACCACUAUCAGGGUGGUGGCAGGGGCCGAGGAGGACCCCGAGGCAGAGGCCAGAGAGGUCGCAGUAACUUCAGAGGCCGAGGAAAUCCCCGUGGUGGUCCCAACAACCGUUCAAACCAACAUCCCAAUUCACAGGCAAAUGCUGUGAAUAAGGAUUGCACUGUGUUGGUGAGGAAUCUUCCCUCUCAUGCUGCUGACUGGCAAACUAAGUUGACAGCGUUGUUCAAGGACUGUGGACCAAUUGAAAAGAUGGAGUUUGUGAAAAAUGGUGCCCGUGAUGAAGGAGUGUUUACAUUCACUCAAGAAGAAUCAGUGGAGAAGGCUCUUGGUGUUCAUGGCUCUUUGCUGGAGGGCCGCCACAUCAUUGUUGAUGUACCUGAAAAGAAUGAUGUUAAAUUUGAAAACACGUCUGUUAAGGUGGAAUGUGGUGCUGAUGUGAUUGAGGAAGAUGUGUGGGUACACUUUGAAGGUUGCGGUGUCAUUAAAGGUGUACGAGUGAAACAUGACAACCGCAAAGCACACAUUCUCUUUGAGACUGAAGAUGCAGUUGCCAAGGCUCUGGCAAAGAAUGGAUCGCAGCUCAACGAGGCUCCAAUCUCAGUUGUCCGUUGGCGCAGUUGGAGAGCGUGUCAAGUGCAGUCCUUGGGUGUGGCUGUGUUUGGCCUUCUGCACAGUAAGUCGUCAGUAGGAUCCUCCCGCGAUGAAGUCAUUGCCUAUUUUAAGGAAUGCGGCAACAUUUGCUCCGUAUGGGUUGAAUUUCCUAGGGAUUCCUCUAUUCGACGAGCAUUAAUAGUAUUUGAAGAUGAGGAAGGUGCAAGGAAAGCUCUUAUGAAGAAUGAUACUUUCCUUGGUAAAGAUAAAAUUCGUGUGCGUCACUGGGAUGGACGUAAAUUCAUUAAUGCAGUCUUUAUUGGUGGAGUUCCAUAUGGAACAGCACCUACAGAUCUCUGGAAGAUCUUCCAGACAUGUGGCACCAUUGACAAUGUGCACUUUGUGCGCUACAAUCAAUCUUAUGCUGCUCGUAGGGCUUGUAUCGAAUUUGAGGAUCCUGAGGGAGCCAGAAAAGCACUUGAACUGGACAAUAUUGAAAUUAAAGGAAAACCUAUCAAGGUAUUUGCUAGUCUAGAAGAUUGGGAUCAGCAUAUUGCAAACUUCAAGGAUGCUCAGAAGAACCAGGAGGCUGGAGUGAAGGAAGAGGAGGGCGAAGAAGGAGAUGUUGAGUUUGAAGAAGGCGACGACGGUGCCAAUGGAGAUGCUGAAAUGGAUGAUGGACAGGGAGAUGAUGUUGUCAACAACGGCAUCAAGGCUGAGCAAGGCAUCAAGGAGGAAGUGGAUGAGGAUGACCCACAGCAAACUGGAAAAAGGAAGGCAGGCGCUGGAGGCCAAACCCGGGGGAAAGCUCGCAAGCUGCGGUGAAUCGUCUUGGCAACGUCCCAGCCCACCUUGGGAGAUGUAGAUGAUGUAAUUGCAGCCUGCUAAUUUUACCAUCCCAUCAUGUGAUAUCACAUCGUCCUAAAGUGACUUUUUUCUUAUGAUUAUGGAAAUUACUUUUAGCUUGGUAGUUCUCUUUAAAUUCUCACUUCAUUUUAUACAUCUCCUUAUGAAAGCAGCUGCUGUAAUCAAAUUCAGUAUUUUAAUUUUAUUAACGAGUGGCAACUCCAUCUUGUGAAGUGGCUCAUAAGUUUUUAAGUAAUUUGGUCUAGGUUGAAGCCAUAGUUUGCACAUCCUGUACUUGUAGCAGUUUUUUCACAGUAAAGCCUCUUUUCUUUUCAAGCUGAAUACCCCACUUCCCUUAGUUAUUCUGAGGGGUCAUCUUAACAAGCUUCAUUCAAUGUUGACUCUGGACGGGUGUGGAAGUCGUACUUCAAAUGUGCUGACGAUAAUCAACCUUUUUUUUCUUCUUUUUUUUUUCUAGAUUUUUUUUUAAUUGUAUGAGAACUGAAGGAUUGUUACAGCUAGCCUGUGAUUUUAAGUUUUUUAGAUAGCUAUCAAUAGGGGGUCAUUGAAUUUACAAUUGAUCAUAAAACAAACUUAAGCACAUAACUUUUUUUUCCAAUGAAUUUGUAUUGAGCCUUCUUCCUUUUUGAUUCCUUUUAGUGUAUUGUUUUUUUUACUUUUGUUUUGUCCUAUUCUGAUCACUUGAAUUCUACCUGAUAGUGGAAUAUUUGCCUGUUCUGUACGUCAAUAUAUCCUCUUUUAUUUUAUUGUUAAACAAUUACAAGCUUUUCCUUUCUUGUAACUUAUUGUCAAUUCUAGAUUUGUGAGGUAAACAAAGAUGAGGCUCAAAUCCAAAAAAGGGUACUUGUUUCAGUGUAGUGUCAUAAAAUGAUAUUCAAUGUGUAAUAUGUAGGAUUGAUCCAAGGUGGCAUAAUGCCCUAGCCAGUUGGUGGGGUUUUGCCGACUUUGCCUUGGGCCUAGGCUGUUUUGAGUUUGGAGUGUGAAAACUUACUCUCUUUUUUAAAAAAUUCCUGAUCUAGUAGUUAUUGUAAGACUAUUUAUUGUUAAUAAAUUUAGGACAGCGUUACAAAUGCACUGACUUGUAGGUUUAGCCUCAUAGGAAGGACUCGCUACCUCACUUUUGUUAUAAACAUAUAAUUUUACUUUUUUUUACCUUUAUUUAUUUUUAUUCUGGAAAGGAGUCCAAAAUUAAUUCAAUUAUCAUUUGGUAUUCUUUUUUUUUCUUUGAAUGUUGUGCUUGUUCAUACAUUCCUAAAUUAAGAACUUAUGGCCCAUUGCACUUUUGAACAAACAACCUUUUAAAGUGACAUUUGUCAUCUCUAAUACUUCUGAUCAAGUCAUGCUUGCUUUCGCUGUCAAUUAGAUGUAUGAAGAGUUAAGUAGACCACUUCUGCUGUUGCUCGUAUUUCAUGCUAAAGGCGUGUCAUCACAACUUCUCAUUUAGUUUACUAUUGUAUUGACGUAUUUUGUAUGCAUUUUGACAUUUUUGAAUGUUUUGGAUCAUCCAUCAUACAUUUUAUGAAACCAUGUGUUUGGAAAACUCCAAUUGUAUUUUGUAGUGGCCUUUUAUGCUCAAUGGGUGUAAUAAAAUUCAGUUGGAUGAACAAA